CACCAGACCAGUCCACCACCUCGUACGCUUCCUAUUUUUGUCUUCCAUACUUCAUAUAUACUCAUUCCUAUAAUCCUAUCCUCCCUAAUUUAUCCAAAAACCACUCAGGGAAGUUUUUACAUGAAGCACAGGAUUUCACUUUACUAUGCUAUGAUUUUUGGCUUUCCCUUGCAUUAACGCACUGAAAUACCACCAUGGGUUGUACUGGCUCCUCACCAGCCAAGGCAGACGGAACUGUUAAAAAGAUAAGAAAGCCAAAGCCAUGGAAGCAUCCACAGCCAAUAACCAAGAGUCAGCUGAUGCAGUUGAGAGAAGAGUUUUGGGACACUGCCCCUCACUAUGGUGGCAGGAAAGAAAUCUGGGAUGCCCUUCGCGCUGCUGCAGAAGCAGAUCUAAACCUAGCUCAAGCAGUUGUGGACAGUGCUGGGGUCAUUAUCCAGAGUGCGGAUUUGACUGUAUGCUAUGAUGAGAGAGGUGCAAAAUAUGAACUACCCAAGUAUGUUUUGAGCGAGCCAACAAACCUGAUUCGAGACGGUUGAAAUUUUAUUUGCAACAGUUGUUUAAAUGGGUUAGAAGCUCAUGUAAAUCAUCACAUUUUCAGAUGCCAAAAGCACAAUAAUACAAGAAACUGAAAUUUUGUUUUUGUAAGUGGUGAAUAAUAGGCCUUUUUUUACAUAUUCUAUUGUCUGCAUCAGUGGCAUCUUUUCAUGUUGUUAACACCAUAUUCAUAAUGGGGAUUUGAAAGUUCA